AUAAAAUUGACAAACAUAUAUGAGCUUGUUGGUUGUUUAAUUGGAAAAACUGUAAAUAAACUACUUUCGGCACAAUUUAUUCAAGAUUCUACGUUAAUAUGGAAGGCAUACCCGAACAAAAACACUACAACCUGACACACUACCAACAACGGUUUAAUUGGGAUUGCGGCAUAUCUUGUAUUAUCAUGAUCCUCUCAUCAUCCCAAAGUCAAAUACUUCUACACGAUUUCGACAAAAUAUGUGCGGAGGAGGGUUUUGGCUCGAGCACUUGGACAAUCGAUUUAUGCUUCCUUCUACACCGCUUCCAAAUACGGCAUGAAUACUACACAAAAACACUGGGUAUCGAUCCAAGCUACAGUGAACACAGUUACUAUACCAAAAUUAUCGAUAAGGACGAAAAACGUGUUACACGUAAAUUUAAAGAGGCACGGCAACAUGGUCUGCGCGUUGAACAGCGUACAGUGGAGAUGACUGAGCUCCUACAACAUUUGGGCAAACGGGGGCCUGUGAUAUUAUUGACCAACGCAUCCUUGCUGACAUGCGAAGUUUGUAAAAAGAAUGUGUUGGAGAAAUUCGGUUGUUUCCAACUCUCUUGUAUCGUUAACAAUACACGCACGCCUCAAAGUUAUGCUGGACAUUAUGUUGUGCUUUGCGGUUACGAUUUAAAAACACAAACUCUCUUCUAUCAUAACCCGGAAGUGCACGAUGAACAUGUUUGUCGUUGUACCACAGCGGCAAUGGAUACAGCACGGAAAGCAUAUGGCACCGAUGAAGAUGUUAUACUAAUAUUUCGAAAUUAAGAAGUAACCUUUAGCAAAAUUAACCACAUAAAAAACAUGCUGAACGUCGUUACGGAUAUCGCGAAAAUAAAAGAAAGCCUGCUCAAUUUAUGAAUGAACACUUAAUGCUUUAAAAUUAGUAUUACUUGUUGAAGCUUUUAUAAAACUUAAGACAAAGCAUUUCGAUCAUUUAUUCAAUAUACAUAGCUUGUGCGUCUCAGCUUGGUUCCGGAAGCUACUAGAUGCAAUAUGAUUUAAGAAACAAAACAAAAUGAUAUGGUCAAAACAAUAAUUCCUAGCCUCAAUCAAAAGUAUUUGGAGCUCAUUAAAGAACUCCACCAUGAAAAUGUUGAGAUAUUUUGUAAUACAUUUGUUAAAAGAAUGCGUGAAAAAAUUGUGAUAAUAAAUAAGUGCAAAAAGUAUAUAAACACAAUUUGUAACUAUGUAUAUAUAUACAUAUGUGUAUUGUAGGAAAUAAUAUAAAUGUGUUAUUGAGCAGAAAAUUAAAUUCUGAUAAAAAAUAAACACACACAUGUAUAACUUGAAACUUAAAAGUGCUUGCUCGUUUUGCGGUAAAACUGCAGAAGCUUCAGGUAUAGAUUUGAACACCAACAACAAAGCCGUUAGGGAAUUUUUUUGUAAGAAUAUUUUUAAAUUAACCAAUAACCAAUAACUUCUGUGCCAAGAAAAACAAGUUGUAAAUUGUGACUUGUUAUUAAAAUAAACACUAUUUGAAGGUAAAUUUAUUUUUAUUUUUGUAAAACACUUCAAUCCUUUCGUUUGCCUUUCCAAGUUUUUACAAUAAAUUUAUUAUAAAUUAAUUUAAGUACUUACAUAUAAGUUGUAUUUUAAUUAUUAUUAUAUUAAAUUUUACUAUAAUAUUUUUUUGUUUAAUAUGCAAUGCAGUCUGCACUCUGCACACAAUAGUACCUACGCAUUUGCACGAAAUCUCAAGGACCUAUCGUAUGUAAAUUAUUGUGUUAAUUUAUGUAUAUAUAUUCAUAGUACGGUGGUAUGAAUUAUUAUUGAUUUUUUUAUAUUUUUUAUUUCAUUAUAUUUUGUCUACUAAAAUUUCCAACUAGAAAAGUAUAAAUGACUCGCAUACAAAAUUCCUUUAUUGUCGCGGUUAUAUAAUAAUAUAAUAUUUAUUGUAACAUUUAUUUAAUUUACCGCCUUACUAAUGUAUAAACUGAUUUGUUUUUGAUUUUCGUAUACAUUUAUAUGGGCAUAUUCGAAAUUACACAUACAAUAUGCAAUGACAGCGUAUGUGUUUUUGUCUUUGCGCUAAAUAUUGUUCACAACUAAUUUGUACAUAUGUACGUAUGUAAGUAGUAAUGUAAAAAUGCGUUAUUUGGCCAAUAAAAAUGGACUUGUUACAAACAAUUUUAAAAAGCCUGUUA